AUGGAUUUGAGUCAAGAUAACCUGUAUCAGGUGUUAUGCCAUGCACCCGCAUACCUUCUGUGUAAGUUUAAGAGUGUAUCUUCAGAAGUAGAUUUUGCGAGGGAGCCUAAUUUUUGCCGUCAACAAGCCCGCAACAUGCUUCAACAGGGCGACAUGCACAUUUUCGGUUUCCUUGACAUCGCAGCACCUUUGGGGCUGGACCUGUAUCAUUUAUUCGAUAAUGGUCCUUCACCAGGAUUACCAAUUCAAUUCUUGGAAUUAUUUAACAGACAUUGGAGAAUCCUCAAUUCCUGGAACGGGUUGGUAGUGGUUGAAUUUGAGAGAAUAGAAGUAACGCCACCAACGCCGUGCUUAUGCAACCCCGUGACCGGUUCAUGGGCCCUCCUAAAAUCUCCCAUGGAAGAGUACGACAAUCCUCAUGAACUUCAAAUGCAUAUCCUCAUCUUUCCAACUGACACACAUGGAAACGAUUUCAAGUUGAUAUGCAUUAACGGAGCUCACAGUCGGUGGGGUCCCCCAUAUGUGAUGAAGGAAUAUAACCCCGUUAAAAAUAACUGGGAAGUAUUGGAAAAUAACAUUGAGUUCGGGGCUAGGCCGCUCGAUCUUGACCAAGUGGCAGUCGUUAAUGAUAGUUUGUACAUGAUGUCAGAUAAUUUCGAUUACGGCGAGGAACAGGUUUGGCCGCCGUCUCCAUUGUCGUACAUAGUGCAAUAUUCCCCCGUCGAAAAAAAUGGUAACAUUCUACCUCUCCCUGCUGAGGCUGUUCAUAAUCCUUUUCAUGGUGCAUACCGGGUCUUCAAAUGGGGUAGCCGAUGGACGUCAAAAGAGUCUCUAUGUCUAGUUCGAUAUAUCGAAUUGACAUUUAAUCUAUGGAUCUCUGAAGAUGAUAAUGAUCCAAUCAGAGGUUUUGGUAUUGUAAAUGGUGACUGUUUGAUCUUCGCGACGAGGGCCCUUGUCUAUGGUUACAAUAUCAACGGAGCUUACUCUUGGAAAUUUAAAGUUCUUGGCGAAAACACAAUGGGGACGUAUGCCAGGUUCAUCUCUUAUUCCAGUACCUUUCGGCCUGUUGACUUGCCUCAAACAACCUUGUUCAGUGAGGUUCGUGCGGCAUUAAAUGGUUAA